AUGGUGAUUACUCUGGGCCGCCUCUUCCAUGGCCUCUUGGAUACCGGGGCUGAUACCACCUGCUUUUCUCCUUUGGAUUGGCCUCCUGAUUGGCCUCUUUGUCCCUCUCCUGACCCUAUCUCUGGGGUCGCCGGUACCGCUAAAAAGGUUCAGCUCAGCGCCCACCGGUUAAUCUGGCAGGAUGAGGAUGGUGAUACUGGCUUUGUCCGCCCUUAUGUCAUUCCUGAUCUGCCCAUCAACCUAUGGGGUCGAGAUCUUAUGGAUCAAAUGGGCCUCGUGCUGCUUAAAUGCAGAAACAAGCAUGUCCUUGACCAAAUGCUUGCUCAAGGCUAUGUUCCUUCUAAGGGUCUUGGCAAAUAUCUUCAGGGUGUCACCAAGCCAAUUUCAGUUUCUCCCCGCUCUGGCCGUCAAGGUUUAGGGUUCCCCUCUGCCCCUAAACGGCCUUCUAUCUAUUUGGAUCCCUUAAAUUUAUACAUGUCACCAUAG